UCGCGGGGUGUUGCUGCUGGACGCCCUCCCUGCACCUCCGCCCCAGGCGCGGGGCCUGCCCCAACCCUCACUCGGCCCCUCCCCUGGGCCCCCUCCCCGCCGCGAGGGCCUGAGCCGCGGAGCCGCGACGCGAGUGCAGAACUAGGGGCGCGGGCGGCCGCGGGGCCGGGGCGCGGGCCGGGCUGGCCAUGGCGCGGGCGGCGGGCGCGCGGGGCCCGGCCGGUUGGUGCGGGCGGCGCGGGCGCUGCGGGCGGGGCGCGCUCCUCGCCUUCACCGCGUGGACCGCGGGCUGGGUGCUGGCGGCCACACUGCUGCUCCGCGCGCACCCGGGUGUCCUCUCCGAGCGCUGCACCAACGAGAAGAGCCGGCGCAUCCUGGCCGCGCUGUGCCAGGACUACCGGGGCGGCGCGCUGGCUGGGGACCUCUGCGAGGACCUGUGUGUGGCGGGAAAGCUGCUGUUUCAACGCUGCCUGCACUACAACAGGGGCAAGAAGGUGCUACAGGCCGACUGGCGCGGCCGGCCCGUGGUCCUCAAGUCCAAGGAGGAGGCCUUCUCCAGCUUCCCGCCCCUCAGCCUGUUGGAAGAGGAGGCAGGGGAGGGUGGCCAGGACAUCCCCGAGGCAGAACUCCUCCUGAUGGUGGCUGGGGAGGUCAAGAGCGCUCUGGGCCUGGAGUUGUCCAACAGCAGCCUGGGGCCAUGGUGGCCGGGCAGGCGGGGCCCGCGCUGGCGGGGACAGCUGGCCAGCUUGUGGGCCCUGCUGCAGCAGGAGGAGUAUGUCUACUUCAGCCUGCUGCAGGACCUGAGCCCACACGUGCUGCCUGUGCUGGGCUCCUGUGGCCACUUCUAUGCGGUGGAGUUCCUCGCUGCGGGCAGCCCCCACCACAGGGCACUCUUCCCCCUGGACCGGGUCCCAGGUGCCCCUGGGGGUGGCCAGGCCAAGGCCAUCAGUGACAUCGCGCUCAGCUUCUUGGACAUGGUGAACCAUUUUGACAGUGACUUUUCCCACCGUCUCCACCUCUGCGACAUCAAGCCGGAAAACUUUGCCAUCCGGAGCGACUUCACAGUGGUGGCUAUUGAUGUGGACAUGGCCUUUUUUGAACCUAAAAUGAGGGAAAUCCUUGAGCAAAAUUGCACAGAUGAUGAGGACUGCAAUUUCUUUGACUGUUUUUCAAGAUGUGAUUUACGAGUCAACAAGUGUGGAGCGCAGCGCGUCAACAACAACCUGCAGCUUCAGCUGCAGUUACAGGAGGCGGUGCAGGAAUGUGCAGACCCUGAGGUCCCCAGCGGGAACACCCGGAGAGACGCCCCCAGCGUGUUCUGGAAGCUUCGCCGACUCCUCCAAGCCACACUGAGGGAGUUGCAGGAGGCAGAGAAGUAGCCACUCUCUGGCCUUAAACAUGCUCACACAGGAAAAGUGAGCUUUGCUGGAUUUCUUCUGCCAUUGUUUGAAAGAUGAGCCAUUUCCCCUGUGCAAAUGAGUGCUCUCUGGGGUGCUGUUCUGGCCUCCACAGUGUGGAGUGGCACGUGCCGCUGCCAGAGACGAUGCCUCCCUCGCUCUGGUCCCACCCUGGCCUCUGACCUGUCGCCUUGUGUAAAAUGAGGGAGGAGGUACAGACCUCCCUUCAGGAGGGCCCUCAGUCAGAAGACACAAACCUGUGUGCAAUUAUUCUCUGCAGAGAGCACUCAUACCUGGUCAUCCCAGCGAGUUCCAGCUGUUCUUUCCUGUAAAUCGUUACAUUAAAAAGUGUGUGCGUGCAUGCAAAUGAAUGUGUAUGCCUGUGUCUGGGUGCAAAUGAGCAUGUGAGCAUGUAUGAGUGUGCCCAUGAGUGUCUGCAUGUGUAUGAGUGUGCACAGGUGAGUGUGCUCAUGAGGCGUAUGAGUAUGCCUGAGUGUGAAUGUGUAGAAGUGUGAAUGAGUGUGUGCACAUGAGUGCACAGGUGUCAGCAUGUGUAUGUAAGUGUGGGCAUGUGUAUGUGAUUGUGUGAGUGUGGGCAGGUGAGUGUGUUGGGAAUGUGGGUUGGGGUGGGGAGUGGUGCUUUCUCUAGUGUGUCCUUUGGAACAGCUUGCCUACCUAGCAAAGAGGUGUGACCUUUCUUUUGGAAUUAAAUACAAU